UCCCUUUCUUUUUUCCUUCUCACUUUUUAACGGUCUUAAUUUACUCGCAGAAGGCCGCGAGAAGCUCCGAACGGAAAUGUUCAUCUUCAUCAGCCGAACCUUCCGCCGGAAACCGCCACCACUCUCUCUCUUCGUCCCGGUCCACCACCUCACCGUCACCGCCACCGCCACCUCCACCUCCACCUCGAACCUCCGCGAAAAGUACUCCUUCAAGCCCCCCCCUUCUCUCCACCAAAACCCUAGCCUCAAACCCCCUCCAGCCUCCAAGGAGCAAAAGCCGCGGUACCGCCCUCCGUCCUCGCUCGACCGCAGCGGCGCCAAGCCGCUCCACUCUGACCUGCCGUUCGAUUUCCGGUUCAGUUACACCGAGACCAGCCCGGCGGUGAGACCGAUUGGGCUCCGCGAGCCGAAGUACUCGCCGUUCGGACCGGACCGGCUGAACCGGCCAUGGACCGGAGUGUGCGCACCGGCGGUGGAUCCGAGAGUGGGAUCAGUGGAAGGUGGGAAGGAGGACCCGAAAUUGGAGGAGAAGCGGCAGAAUAUGAGAGAAACAAUUCUUGGGGAACCUUUGACAAAUGCUGAGAGGAAGGCGCUGGCGGAGCGGUGUCAGAGGCAUAGAACGAAGCGGCAGAUUAAUCUAGGGAGGGAUGGUUUGACUCACAACAUGUUGAAUGAUAUUCAUAAUCAUUGGAAACAUACUGAGGCAGUAAGGAUAAAGUGUAUGGGUGUGCCCACUAUUGAUAUGAAAAAUGUUUGCUUUCAACUAGAGGAUAAAACAUUUGGCAAGAUUAUCCAUAGACACUGCGGUCUACUAAUAUUAUAUAGAGGCAGGAAUUAUAACCCUAAGAAGAGACCUGCGAUUCCUUUAAUGUUGUGGAAGCCUCAUGAGCCCAUAUAUCCAAGGCUUAUCAAAACUACAAUUGAUGGCCUUAGCAUUGAAGAAACAAAGGAAAUGAGAAAGAAAGGAUUAGCUGUUCCCGCUUUAACAAAACUUGCUAAAAAUGGCUAUUAUGGUAGUCUUUUACCUAUGGUUCGAGAUGCUUUUCUCACCAAUGAGUUGGUUCGGAUAGAUUGCAAAGGCCUUGAAAAGAGUGACUACAAGAAAAUAGGCUGCAAAUUGAGGGACUUAGUGCCAUGUAUCCUAGUCACAUUUGACAAGGAGCAGAUUGUGGUCUGGAGGGGGAAGGAUUAUCAACCCGCAGAAGAUGAUUACUGCUUUGCAGACCGGGAUCCAUUUAACAAUCCGGGUAAUGGUUUGGUCAGUGAUCCAGAAGAACCAGGAAACUCGGACGAUGGCAGCUGCAGUCAACAGACUCAACGUGUAUACGAGGAGGAGGCCUCGUAAGUUAUUGCAAGGUACAAGAGCCAUGUGUUUUGUAUGUGGUCCAUAUUGCUCAUUCAUUGGUCAUAUCAAGAAGACAGCUAAGAGAAUUGACCUAUAUGAUCCAUAAACCUCAGCCAUUUCACUAGGUCCUUUUUUCCCUCGUGCUCAUUUGCUGCCUCUGGGGGAUUGAUUGUACAGCCCAAGGAAUCAUCCCUUUAGUAGAAUACUUGGAUAUUUUUCAGUAUGGGGUUCUCAUAUGCUUUGGUGAAAAAGUUAGCUGUGCUCGGCCUUUCCUUUUAGGGAGAGUGCAUUUUGUGUAUUCAGAAGAGAAUAUAUAUAUAUAUAUAUAUGGAGUUAACUUUAUUAAGAUUA